CCCCUAUCGCGAACACGUGGUCAUCGGCCCUAAUAAAGCUUACUUCACGCCCAGACACCCUACAUCUCGCACCCCCAAGUCGCGGCAAGGAUCUACAUGUCACUUCCGUACUAGGAUAAGGCUUGCUUUGUCCGCCAUCCGAAACAGAGCAGAUCGUCAGGAACGACGGAAAUGGACCAACUCAACCUGUUGAGGACGGCAUGGAAGAUGUGGGAUUUUCUGUGCUUACUUUACGGUGAAGAGGGAGUGGAUGGUGGAUGGGAAAAGUUUUCCUGGUCGUCGGGGAGUUUGGUGGUUGAUCACUGAUCAUAUUAUUGGUUUGCAUUGGUGUUUCGCUGUGACGUCGGUGAUUGCGCGGUGGUUGAGUACGGCCCCACCUGUUGGAAGUGGAGAAGUUUGGUAUUGCGAUCGUUGGUGUUGUGCUGCCGUGUACCGAAUGAGCGGUGAUACUUUUGCAUUGGAGUUUUGGGGGAUGAGCACAUGUACGUCAUGGAUAGUGGUUCCAAGGGAAAAAAGCAUGAGAAAAGACAAUGUAAAUUUGUUUCGUGAAGCGCUCAAAGUAACGUCGAUAAGAACUAUCGUAAACUGUGACAAAAAGGCGGUCUUCAAACCAUGCCAUCGCAUUCAUACGCCUUGAUAGAUGAAAUCGCCGCUAUGGUAUAUUGCCCUAAGAAGUGUAGAGAAGAAAAUCCAGAAAGAUCAUGUUGCGCCUUGUCCAGAGGCUUCAUGUAGCCGAUGAAAUCCUACUUCUUACUC